CACAAAUCGAGCCACGGUCACUUUAAAAUAAAAAGAAAAAAAUAGCCGCACGUUUUUCUUGUAAAUAAAUAAGUAAUUAAUUAAAUAUAAAGAUGUUCCGCCUCCAACAAUCGCAGCCCGAUCCCGCCGAGGAGCAGAAACGCGUGGCCUCCGAAGUCCGCUUCAAUUUCCUUCUUUUUGGCACCAUAAUCGCGGUCGUUCGUUUGGCUCCUGUGGUCCUGCAGCACUUAAACACCGCCUAGGCUUAAAGUUAACUAUAU